AUGCCGAUACGACGUGCAGCCUGCGAGCCAUGCCGGCUGUCGAAGGUUUCAUGCGACCACGCCAAGCCGGUGUGUGGUCGGUGUCAAGAUGCCGAUCGUGCAGAAAGUUGUCAGUAUCGCGAGCGACCUUUCAAGCGACGACGCACCGUGCCGCCCGACGCCGAAGAUCAUGACGAGCUCUCCUUCGAGCCGGAAACCCCGAUUCCCACCAGUGCGCCGACACCUCGCGCCUACCCCAACUCUGGGUACCUGGGAAGCACAAGUCACACCGCCAUCUUCGAGCAUCUCACAGCAAGCAGCGGCGACAACACUCCUGCCGCUUGCAAUAAUAAUGGAGAUCCGCCGCCAGAAGACUUCGACUGCCGCGUGGACGCUUCUCAAAUCAUCCAGGAGUCCACGUUCAUCAAGAAGAUCCCAAGCGUAUUCCAGGUCUCGGCAUGCGUGCGCAUGGUCAAUGCCUGGAUUGCCACAGGCACCAAUAUUGCACUGGCAGGCUCUCUCGUAGGCCCAUGCACCAAGGCUAUCGAUCAACUUCUCCACAGGGACCAUCUAUCUGCAGGAAAUGUAUCCAGGAUGCUGUUCACUUCGUCUUGUCGGCCGUGGAUAGUCACUGCCAGCACCACCUUCGAGCAGUUCUGCUCCCAGAUCACGGGAGAUGAGACAUGCUGGGAGUCCCUCGGCUUAUUCUUUGUAGCCGUAACGCGUGCUGCGACUGACUUCGAUUGCUUCGAGACCAUGUUCAGCACGAGGGAGGAACGCCGGAAGCUGCAAAGACUUGCGUUGAGCUAUGCAGAUCACUGUCUCGAGGUAGCCCUCUCCCUUGACUGCAUGUACGAUUUCUUGCUACUGCUUCAAUACGAGAAUUUCAUCGCCCAUUCCAUGGUUGACGGUGAUCAAAGUUACAACUCGUGGAGGCGACUUGGAGAUGUUGCGAGCUCCCUGUUCGCCUUGGGGUACCAUGAGCAGGCAGAUCUCGAUCCCGAAUGCCCUCCUUUCUUGCAGAACUUGAGGCGUGCAGCUUUCGCACGAGCAUAUUCUGCUGAUAAGAAUGUUUCAAUCUUUCUUGGUCGUCCGCCGCGAAUUAGUCAAAAAUACUGCCAAAUUGAAAGAGUCAUCGCCGACUUGAGUGUCACCGCCAUUGGCACAGUGUCGACCCAGCAAAGUGUUGCAACACUCUCGCUCGGCCAGCCUUUUGACUACAUACUGGAGACCUGGUGGACGGCAUCUUGUGCGACUCUCAAAGAGCAAGUGUUGGAUUUGACCAAGAACUUCGACAGCGAGACCAAAGCAAACAAGGCGCAGGACAUUUCAGCCAAAGCUUUGACUCUGUGGAAUUCUUUACCCAGUCCACAUCGGCUGGAGAGCCCUUUAUAUCUUUGCAACACCCGCUCACCAGUCGAGCGAGACUUUCUGGUCAGUGCGAGGCUAAAUCACCUUCACAUCCUUUUCCUCCUCGAAGUUACCCUGCUGCCUCGUGCUUAUGAUCCUGGGAUCGAGCUCGUCAAGAUUUCCGCAAAAAUGCUGCACGUAGCUGCAGAAGCGAUUGUGAUGAAGCAGCAUCUCGCAAAUUCCGGCACGGGCUUGGUCUGGAAGAUCGCUUAUUACAGCCUUCCAGCCGCAGGGAUCAUAUGCUUGUCACUUCUCAACAGGUCAAUCGCCAUGAGCGAAGGAGAGACUUCAAUUUCGCAAGUCAUACAAGACCUGAGCGUGCUUGUGGCACACCUUGAGAGUGGUGUUCUGAUCGAUCAUGGAGAACCAAACUAUGCCUUGCUUUCUGGAGCGACGGCCACGGUGAAGGGAAUUCUGGGAAGAGUGCUUUCGCCUUUCGCCAAAGAGCUUCAUCAUACCACGCAUCGGCCUACUGCGCCAGCAGAUGUCCUUGGUGCCGAAGAUCUCGAUCCGUGGCUCGCAUCUACCGCAGAGCAGAACGCGCUUGAGAAUUUCGAGCUCGAUUUUUGGCUGCAUUUGUCCGAGCAUCCAGAGCUGGUCGGUAAUGGAACGGCAGCAGUAUGA